CCGCAGGGGCCCGCCGAGGCGGCGGCGGCGGCGGCGGCAAGAUGGCGGACUUCCUGCCGUCGCGGUCCGUGCUGUCCGUGUGCUUCCCGGGCUGCGUGCUGACGAGCGGCGAGGCCGAGCAGCAGCGCAAGUCCAAGGAGAUCGACAAAUGCCUGUCGCGGGAGAAGACCUACGUGAAGCGGCUGGUGAAGAUCCUGCUGCUGGGCGCGGGCGAGAGCGGCAAGUCCACCUUCCUGAAGCAGAUGCGGAUCAUCCACGGCCAGGACUUCGACCAGCGCGCGCGCGAGGAGUUCCGCCCCACCAUCUACAGCAACGUGAACAAAGGUAUGAGGGUGCUGGUAGAUGCCCGAGAGAAGCUUCAUAUUCCUUGGGGAGAUCCUGAAAACCAGCUCCAUGGAGACAAGCUGAUGGCAUUUGACACCCGGGCCCCCAUGGCUGCCCAAGGAAUGGUGGAAACCCGAGUGUUUUUGCAGUAUCUUCCUGCAAUAAGAGCCCUGUGGGCGGACAGUGGCAUACAGAAUGCCUAUGACCGGCGUCGGGAAUUCCAGCUGGGUGAAUCUGUAAAGUAUUUCCUGGACAACUUGGAUAAACUUGGAGAAUCAGAUUACAUUCCAUCACAGCAAGACAUUUUGCUUGCAAGAAGACCCACCAAAGGCAUCCACGAAUAUGACUUUGAAAUUAAAAACGUCCCUUUCAAAAUGGUUGAUGUGGGUGGUCAGCGGUCAGAACGGAAACGUUGGUUUGAAUGCUUCGACAGUGUGACAUCCAUACUCUUUCUUGUUUCCUCAAGUGAAUUUGAUCAGGUGCUCAUGGAGGAUCGACUGACCAAUCGCCUUACAGAGUCUCUGAACAUUUUUGAAACCAUCGUCAAUAAUCGGGUCUUCAGCAAUGUCUCUAUAAUACUCUUCUUAAACAAGACAGACUUGCUUGAGGAGAAAGUGCAAAUUGUGAGCAUCAAAGACUAUUUCCUGGAAUUUGAAGGGGAUCCACACUGCUUACCAGACGUCCAAAAAUUCCUGGUGGAGUGUUUCCGGAGCAAACGCCGGGACCAGCAGCAGAAGCCCUUGUACCACCACUUCACCACUGCUAUCAACACAGAAAACAUCCGCCUGGUUUUCCGUGACGUGAAGGAUACAAUCCUUCACGACAACCUCAAGCAGCUUAUGCUCCAGUGACAUACAUGAGACUUGCUGUUAUAGUACCUUUUUGUGUUUGAUGGUUUUCCGUUUGUGUCGUUUUUUUUUAAUAGCAGUUUACAACAGGAAUUAGAAAACAAUCUUGAUUCUGUGUUUAACUUCUUGGAAAUCCUAGUCCUUCUGCUGCCUUUGGUUUGUGGCUGAAAGCUGCUGAGUAAUGAACGCAUUGUUGUGUUUGCUGGAGUUCAGGUUUUAGCCAGUUUCAUCAAGCUUCCACUCAAGUCCUGUUGUAAUUUCCUGGCCAACCUCAGACUAGGUGUGUUUCUUUUGUUUUUCAAAUUGAAUCCUGUAGUGCCAAGUAGAGACAGUGUAGGAAUGAGGCUAGGAAUGUUCAGUAAAAGGUCUUUAUCUGCCUUACAGAGAGAGGAACACAGGAUGCCUAGCUUUAGAAUGACCAUGUUACAAAAGGGCUAUUGGAAAAGGUUUGAUCUAAGAAAUGCUAGUCUAGAUUACACAGGUGUGUUUAUAAUUGCUUAUACACACAACAGCUGUUUUGUAAGUUGCUUUGGUUCCUGGAGGUAGUGUUCUUAGUGUUUUAAAGUUUACAUAAGGAUUUCUGGUCUGAAGCGAGUGAGUUCACAAAUGGUACCAAGGAGCAAAAAAGACAAGCAAAUGUUAUAUAUUUUGAUCAAAAGUAAUGGGUAAAAUGUAACUUGCCUUUUUCAUGUUUAUUUAUCAUGUAAUUUAAUGUGCCAUAAGCAAAACAUUUGGGCCCAUUGCAUGACCUAAAACACGCAAGCACCUUGGUAGCAGAAGUAGACAUCCCUGUCCCGAAUGCCACGUGGCUUCUCCAGUCCUGUGUCAGGGGACUUGCAGCUGGCUGGAGGAAACCACUCCUGCAUCCCCGCCUUCCUCCACUCUCCUGUCCCCGCCCAGUACCUCCACACUGUGGCACUGAACGGAUUCUUUGUUUAUGUGGAGCUGGCCAAGGGCAGUAUUUUCCUGGCAGAUGACUCAAGAAGGCAUUGUUUGAGAUUCUUAUUCAUUCUUGGUGUGUCUCUAAAGAUGUACAGUGGGUACAUGUUUGCACAGUUACUGUGUGUGAGAUGCCAGCUAUGUUGAGUACAUUUUAUCUGUUUGGAGAAUGCUUCUAAGGAUAAGUAGUCUUUUUGUUGUUGUUGUUUUUGUUCACACAUUUGACCCCUCCCCCCACCCAUACCAGAUUAAACUAAGCCCAUCACUUUGUGAUUUCAGAUACAGUUCGCAGUAUUAAAAACUGCUGUCUUGUAGGUUCAGUGUAGUGUUAGCAUUGGAGAUAUAUGUGUACAAAGUUAGGAACCAUUUGCAAAAUGUGCCACUCUUGCUUUUCUUGAUAAUUGUGAUGAAGACUGUGAUAUCUGUCACUUUACUGUACAGCUGACUGUGUUCUCAGGUAUUCUAUUGGCCCUUCAAAGAUUGGUCAACAUUGUGGAUCACCCAGCCUUUCCAAAUCAGCGGCUGUUGUUUUGUCUAGCGGUGAGAUAUAGGAGCUGGGCCUGUCAGUGCAUGAGCAGGGAUUCAUUCUUCACGUGCUGACUCUUCUUGCACCAAGGUGUUACUAUCGCUGCAUCUGUGUGAACUCAUGUUUUCAUGCCUUGGUAAUACAUGAGCUUCAGACACUGAGCCCCUCAACCUAUGCAGGUCUUCCUAGUAUAACUCCUGCAUGUCUCAGUCCUUCUACAUCUAGUGCUUCUUGCCAAAAGAAUGCAUUGUUUGAAUCUUCAGGAUAGCAUAGCUCUAGAUCUAAUGAAUUUCUGGAUAUGUGCAACAGUAACAUUUGGUUUGUUCCACAUAAAUUCAGCAAACAAUUUUAUUGGAUGGCCAAGACAUUGAAUACCAAUGAAGGCUGAAGAGUGGACUCUUGGUCUUAUUGAGGUGGUUUGGUAAGAACUAUAAAUAGUACCCCACAUUUCUCUGUUUUACUAUCACCAAGCAAUGUUAAAACACCAACUAGACAAGGUAGCGUGUUGGCAUCUGCGGUUUUCUUCUGAUGCAUGUGUAGUGGCUCAGAAUCAGUGUGCUUUUAAAAUAAGACCCAGAAUGUAUUUGGAGGCAGUAAAUUGCUUCUGUGCUACUUAAGCAAACUUGUGUGGACAUCUAGUAUAACUGUGAGGCUCAACAGAAAGGCUUUAAGCUGCACAUUUCUCUAGGCUGCAAUGUGAACUAUUCAAGUGGUGUCUGAUAGCUAUGUGAUAAAAACUAGGUCCUUUUGAAUUGAAAUACCACUAUGUGAAGAGGGAGGUGAAAUGUCAUGAACCCAGUGGAAAAGGUGCUUAUAAUAAUCCUAAGCUAACUUCUCCCAAACCUCUAAAAAGGUAAGUGAAGUCAGAUUUGAAAUUCUUUGCUGUGUUCAAUUUUCCAAAUCUUUGGUUAUGAUUUGGAAUACAAUGUGCCUGAUCUAUAUCACUUUCUGUUCUUAAAUCUGAAUGCCUUCUCAUUUACUUAUCUGAGGAGAUGCCACACCAAGUCUCUUCAUUGACCUUCAAGGAGUUCACAGUAUACAGAGUUGCCUUAUAAAUCAAAGAACAACACAAAUUUAGACCUUAAUUUUUUUAUAGGGAAAAGGUUUUGUCAGUGUUCUCCAAAGAUCUAAAUAAUUCAAGACAUAUUUCUUUCACAUAAAUAUUAUCUGAAUAGCCUGAAUUUUUGCUUUCUGCCAAAUGUGCGAUUGAAAUCCUCAUUUCACUUUUACUAUCUAUAACGGGCGCUUGCUAACCCAAGUGCUUCCACAGCCAAAGACAACAGCGUGGAAUAAAGAAGACCACUUCUGUUUUCUGUCUUCCACCCACUACUGAUGGGUACUUUACAUUGAGAAUGGCCUCCCAAUUCAUCUCGCCUGGGACUGUUGAGGGAGAUCCUUGUUCAGUUUGUGACCAUGGUUAGUUCAAAGCAGGAGGAAGAAAGCCUACCUUAAUACCACAGUGAUCAGAAGUACUGGUUUUGAUUCAGCAACAAAUUGCAUGCCCAAUAGUUACAUCUUCAAUUCAAGUGCAUAUCCAGAUACUUCUGUCUUACGUUUUUCUUAAAAUGUGUUUUUCAGCAUUAGUAUAACUAUCUGGUGAUGCCUUGUUUAUAUGAAGAAUGAAGUUACUGAUUUAGGCUGUUAUAUCCUGAACCUGAAAUCACUAUUUGAGAAACCCUUAAAUCGGUGCUUUCAUUAUCCAAUGCUACAUGUAGACAAACCCCACACAAGCCAUUGGACAGGAUGUAAUGAGAAGGCCAGCUAUCAGUAUUAACCCUUCAUUUGUUUGGAUCCAUGAAAUCAUGCUUGUAAAACCAGUUCAACCUUUGUAACAAGCUCCCUAAUAAAUCUAGAGAAAGCCA